AUGUACGAGCGCCUUUCAGAGAAACCAGCCGGAUCAAUCCUCCCUACCAGAUCCAUUAAGCGAUGGGUCAUUGCAACAUUUGUUCUGAUCGUGAUCUCCCUCAUCGAAAUUUGCGUGAUCGUAAAACUCGCCUCCCAGGAUCCGCCCAAGGGCUUCGAGAAUGGUUUUGCGACUGAGUUCCCCGAUGCGAAGGAUGCCAUUUCGGUCGAGCAGGUCCGUUUCACGAGCCCUCUCAGAGUCGAUGAUAAUGGCACCCUUCACCAGGUGAAUGAUCCCAGCGAACGACGCUACACGGGGAACUCUUCAGAGGCCGAUCAGGCGUGGAAGGACCUGAUUUUCGGGCGAUAUCUUCAACUGCGCGAGUCCGAAGUGGACUGGCUCAACAGUGAUGAGGAGAACGACGACCUUGAGGAAAUCCCUGAACAUACAUCAGUCAUAACCGAGGCGGGAAUGUACGGAGGUGUCAACAUGCUGCACUCAUUGCACUGUCUGAACAUGUUGCGGAAGCACCUACACGGUGAUCACAAGAAGAUGGAAUACCUCUCGGUUGAAGAAGACAAUAUGCAUCUAGACCACUGCAUCGACCAACUGCGUCAAUCCAUCAUGUGCUCCGGAGACCUCACGCCGGUGACACUACGGCACGUCUGGAUGGAGAAUCCCCGUCGCUCGGUCCUCCUGGGCGAGACUGAACGCAUGCAUACAUGCCGGAGCUUUGAAGCUAUCCGGGACUGGGCAACGAAGCGGGGAGUUGAGGAGGGGAGGAUCGAUGCGUAG